AUGGCUCUUCUUGCUCGCAAGGCGCCUGCUCUUCUGCCUGCUCCAACAACUUCGACAAUGAAACACAUGAUUUACGAUGAAACUCAUUUUGCAAUGCAGAACAGUUUGUCGAAAAUGAUAACAGAAAAGAUCAAUCCGAAUGUUGCACAAUGGGAGAAAAGUGGAAGAUAUCCAGCACAUUACAUAUUCAAAAUGAUGGGACAACUUGGAGUUUUUGCAGUUAAUAAACCAGAAGAAUUCGGAGGAACGGGACGAGACUUUUCAAUGUCAAUAGCAGUUGCUGAACAGAUUGGAUCAAUUGAUUGUGGAUCUAUUCCAAUGUCAGUUAUGGUUCAAACUGAAAUGAGUACUCCGGCUUUGGCACAGUUUGGCUCUGACUUUCUUCGAAACCGUUUUCUCCGUCCGUCAUUGAAUGGAGAUUUGGUCAGUUCAAUUGCAGUUUCAGAACCACACGCUGGUUCAGAUGUAUCUGCAAUUCGAACACAUGCCCGUCGUUUUGGAACUGAUUUGAUUAUAAACGGUUCAAAAAUGUGGAUAACAAAUGGAGAUCAAGCUGAUUGGGCGUGUGUUUUGGUCAAUACUUCGAAUGAGAAAAACCUUCAUAAAAAUAAAUCAUUGGUCUGUAUUCCACUUGAUUCGCCUGGAGUACAUCGGUCAAGUCCAUUGGAUAAAUUGGGAAUGAGAAGUUCGGAUACCGUUCAAUUGUUUUUUGAAGAUGUCAGAGUUCCAGCCUCAUUCAUAAUCGGUGAAGAAGGACGUGGAUUUUCGUAUCAAAUGAAACAAUUUAAUGACGAACGCCUUGUCACAGUUGCCGUUGGACUUCUUCCACUUCAAAACUGUAUUAACAAAACAAUCGAAUACGCAAGAGAACGGUCAAUAUUCGGAAAAACUCUACUCGAUCAACAAUACGUUCAAUUUCGUUUGGCCGAGUUGGAAGCGGAACUCGAGGCGACUCGUUCUUUACUCUAUCGGACAGUUAUGGCACGUUGCCAAGAUGAAGAUGUUAGCAUGUUGACUGCAAUGUCAAAGUUGAAGAUUGGAAGACUGGCUAGAAAAGUGACUGAUUCGUGUUUGCAGAUCUGGGGAGGCGCUGGUUAUCUGAAUGACAAUGGAAUAUCUCGGGCUUUCCGUGAUUUCCGUAUCUUCUCAAUUGGUGCUGGAUGUGAUGAGGUUAUGAUGCAGAUUAUUCAUAAAACUCAAUCUAAAAGACAACAAAAAACAAUUUAA